GGAACCUGGGGCAUUCUAGCUUUCAUCUUCCCAUGGGAAUUUCUACCCUCCGCACAAGUCAAGAGCAACUUUGUCUUUUCCAUAAAUAUUAGUAUUAUUUGUGUGUUCCUUACCUGAAUUUGAUUCAAGCUUAGCCCUACGGCCUUUUCAACUGAUCCAAUUUCAUAGAUCACAUGGAUGCGCCAGUUCUUUUGCUUCUUCUCACUCUGCUUCUAUCUUCUCCACUUCCAUCGUCCACCCUCGACAGUUUGAGUCAAGGCUCAUCCCUCUCAGUUGGGAAGCCUGAACAAGUUUUGAUUUCACAAAGUGGAAUCUUCUCAGCUGGCUUCUACCCCGUCGGUGAUAAUGCUUGUUGUCUUGCCAUAUGGUUCACCAAACCAUCCUACGACGGCAAACAUACCGCUGUUUGGAUGGCAAACCGAAACCAACCAGUUAAUGGGAAUUUCUCAAAGCUUUCCCUUCUAGAAAGUGGUGAUCUUAUCUUAACAGAUGCUGGGCGGUUCAUAGUUUGGACCAUAAAGAGGGUUGGGAUUUCUCCGGUGCAAUUACACCUCUUCAACACUGGUAACCUUGUGCUGCGUACCUCGGAUGGUGUUAUUCAAUGGCAAAGUUUCGAUUCACCAACAGAUACCCUUCUCCCUCACCAACCACUCACCAGAAAUACGAGACUCGUCUCUUCAAGAACCAAAACCAACUUUUUCUCAGGGUUUUAUAAGCUCUAUUUUGACAACAAUAACGUCCUCAGUCUUGUCUUCGAUGGGCGGGAUGCUUCAAGCAUUUACUGGCCCCCAUCGUGGCUUGUAAGCUGGCAGGCGGGAAGAUCGGCAUACAACAGCAGCAGAACUGCAUUACUAGAUUACUUUGGCUAUUUUUCUUCAACCGACGAUUUUAAGUUUCAGUCCUCGGAUUUUGGUGAGAGAGUCCAAAGAAGAUUGACCCUGGAUAUUGAUGGCAACUUACGAUUAUACAGUUUUGAGGAAGGGAGAAAUAAGUGGGUUGUUACUUGGCAAGCCAUCACGCUACAAUGCAACAUUCAUGGAAUAUGCGGACCCAACAGUAUUUGUACCUAUGUGCCUGGUUCUGGGAGUGGAAGGAGAUGCUCUUGCGUACCUGGAUAUGAGAUGAAAAAUCGCACUGACCGAACUUAUGGAUGCAUACCAAAAUUCAAUCUUUCUUGCGACUCACAGAAGGUUGGUUUCCUCCCACUCCCACACGUUGAGUUCUACGGCUAUGAUUAUGGCUAUUACCUCAAUUACACCUUACAGAUGUGUGAAAAACUGUGCUUGAAAAUAUGUGGCUGCAUAGGAUAUCAAUACAGCUAUAAUUCGGAUGUUUAUAAAUGUUGUCCUAAGCGGCUGUUUCUCAACGGAUGCCGCUCGCCUAGUUUUGGAGGACAUACAUAUCUAAAAUUGCCUAAAGCUAGUCUUCUUUCCUAUGAAAAACCAGUUGAGGAAUUCAUGUUAGAUUGCUCAGGCAACCGCUCAGAGCAGCUAGUAAGAUCUUAUGCAAAAGCCCGCGAAAAUGAAGUGUUAAAGUUCAUCCUCUGGUUUACGUGCGCAAUUGGAGCAGUUGAGAUGAUUUGCAUCAGUAUGGUGUGGUGUUUCUUGAUGAAGGCCCAGCAAAACACCAGUACAGAUCCGCCAGGCUACAUUUUAGCUGCCACGGGAUUCAGAAAAUUCACCUAUAUUGAGCUGAAGAAAGCAACACGGGGUUUCAGUGAGGAGAUUGGCAGAGGAGGGGGUGGGGUUGUAUAUAAAGGUGUCUUAUCAGACCACCGAGUGGCAGCCAUCAAGCAGCUCAGUGGAGCUAACCAAGGAGAAUCUGAAUUCUUGGCAGAAGUAAGUACCAUUGGGAGGCUUAACCACAUGAACUUGAUAGAGAUGUGGGGUUAUUGCUUUGAGGGGAAGCACAGGCUCUUGGUUUAUGAAUACAUGGAGCAUGGAUCACUAGCACAAAACCUCACUUCCAAUACACUUGAUUGGCAGAAGAGGUUCGAUAUUGCGGUGGGCACAGCAAAAGGUCUGGCUUAUUUACACGAAGAGUGCUUGGAGUGGGUUAUACACUGCGAUGUGAAGCCUCAAAACAUACUCCUAGACUCUAAUUAUCAGCCAAAGGUGGCAGACUUCGGCCUGUCAAAGUUACAGAACAGAGGAGGAAUCAACAAUUCGAGAUUGUCGAGGAUCAGAGGAACGAGAGGUUACAUGGCUCCAGAAUGGGUUUUGAACCUCCCCAUCACCUCCAAAGUAGACGUUUAUAGCUAUGGUAUUGUGGUUCUGGAGAUGAUUACCGGCCUAAGAAGUGUUGCAAAUGCCAUCCACGGUACAGAUGGCAUAGGGGAACGUCAGAGUUUGGUGGCAUGGGUGAAAGGGAAGAUGAAUAGUGCAACUGCAGUUGCUUCGUGGAUUGAAGAAAUCCUAGACCCGUCGAUGGAAAGCCAAUAUGACAUGGGUGAGAUGGAAAUUCUAGUAGCAGUGGCUCUGCAAUGUGUGGAAUUGGACAAGGAUGAAAGACCCACCAUGAGUCAGGUGGUCGAGACGCUUCUCCGCCCUGAACGUGGAAACAAUCAUCACUAUUAAUAAAUCAAUGCCUCGUAUGGGGCCCAAGUGAAGUGGCUUUCUAUACCUAUUCCGCCCAUUUAUGAUAUUUGUAAAAAAACAGAGUAAUUUUAUUCCCAAUAUCUCUCCUUGGUGCUCU